AUGGAAAUAGAAAAAUAAUCAAAUCUAAAUUCUAAUAAGAAGGCUGAGUUCAGAUUGACAGAUGAACAACUAAAAUUCAUUUUGGCUCCUAAAAACAGGGAUAUCAAGGUUACUGCUUGUGCUGGAUCAGGAAAGACAGAAUGUGCGCUUUAAUUCAUCAAGAGUGCUAUUGACGAAGGAUAAGACCCUAGAAGUAUAAGUAUAACAACUUUCAACAUUUAAGCUAGUGUUGAUAUGAAAAAAAGAGCAAUACAAUUAAUGGGAAAAGAAAAUGCUAACAAAAUUGAAAUAAUUAAUUUUGAUAAAAUAAUUUUCAAGCUUUAUAAACAAAUUAAAAAAAUAAAAAGCGCCAUUAAUAAUGAAUUGAUUAAUAAUAACAAAAAUAAUAAAUAAGUAAUAGACAUUACUUUAGUUGAAAAGUAGUAUGAAGUUUAUCUCAAUUUACAAGACUUGUCUUUUACUAAAUACUUUUAAAGUAAGAAACUCGUUGUUUUUGAUGAAUUUUAAGAUAUUAAUUAAUUGCAUUAUGACAUCUUAAUGCUAUUUAAAAAAGUUGGAAACUCAGUUCUAGUAGUCCUUGGAGAUGAAGCUUAGAAUAUUUACGAAUUUAGAGGAUCAAAUUUUAAAUACUUGAAUUAAAUUGUUGAAGAUGUAAACAGAGAAAAUAAAAAAAUUUAUGGUAACGAGGAUUACAACAUGCUGGAAUUCAAACUUACUACUAAUUUUAGAUGCUCUUCUAAAAUUACUGACUUUGCUAAUGAUAUUAUAAGAUAUUUUAAUUUUAAGGAUUUUAACUAAAAUACUAUGAUCAGUUUUGAAGAUUUGAAUUAUGGAAAAGAAAUUAAAAAAUGUGAUGUUAAACCUAGUUUGAUAGCCUAUCCAAAUUACAAUAACUUAGUAUAAGAUAUUAUAAUCUAAAUCAAUGUAUUAAUAAAAAACUAUGGUUUUUCUUACAAAGAUUUUGCUAUAAUUUCUCCAACUACUUUUACUCUAUAUUAAGUAGAACUAUUUUUGCAAAAGUAUAAUUAUUUUGAACCUGAAACAGAAAUUCCGUUUUGGAGUUUUAUUGGAAAAAGUAAAGAAUUUGGUUACAAAUAUGAGUAUUAAGCAGAUAAAAUCAUGAUUUUGACAGGUCAUAAAUCUAAAGGAUUGCAAUGGAAAGUAGUAUUUGAAGUUGGGAUGGAAGAUAAUUUGUUUCCGCUUUCAUUUUUAAGAAAGACCGAGCAUGAUCUUGAUGAGUUCAAUAAAGUAGAAGAAUUAAAGCGCUUGUUUUAUGUUAUGUCUACAAGAACUUCUUAAUUUCUUUACAUAAGCUAUAUAUCUCAUAAUAAUAAUGAUUAAUUAAAUUAUCAAGCAUGUAGAUUUUUGAAUGCAAUAGACAAAAAUAAAAUAAAUAUAAUUGGUUAAGCUAGAAUUUAUCCUGACACAAAAGAUAGCAUUUACAUAAAUGAAUAAUAACUUUAAUCACUCUAUUUGCUAUUUGAAGUAAUGGUUAACAUUUAACAUAUCAAUGAGCUGCACUAUUCAUAGAGAUACAUCUAACCAGAAUACAUUUCAAUAGAAAAAUAAACACAAUUACACAAAAGAUUAUUCUCAAAAUAAUACAUCGAAUAAAUCUAUUUCAAUUAAUCAGAAGAGAUAUUGUUUACUUAUUUUGAAGUAAUUUUGAUAGAGAAAACUUAAAUGAAUUUUAAUAAAAACAUACUUCAAUAUUCAUUACUGAAUUUAAAAAAAAAAUAAAAUAAAUAUCAACUUACCAAUUAAUUUAUAAAAACAUUUGAAUUAGCUUUAGAUUAAUUCCUUGAUAAAGAUUUAAAAAUAAAUAGUAACAAAUUCUAAAUUUAAUCACUUUAUAAGGUAUCCUGUUUGUAUCAAUCAUUUAAAUCUAGAAAUAUGAUUUACAGAUGUUUUUUAUGUAAGAAUCCAUUUUAUUCCAUGACAAAGGUGAUAAUUAAAAAUUUAGAAUUAUUUGUAGACUAUAUAUUGAGAUAAAAUAAUGGUUAAUUGUUAGUACUUGAUAGUAUUGAGUAUAAUAAACAGUAAGCAAAAAUUUUUGAUAUGUUUUUAAUUUCAACAGAAGACACUAUUUUUGAGAUCAAUCAGUCAUUUAAAAAAAACUAGACAAUAGAAAAACAAAACUUUCUAAAAGUUUUAAGUAAAGUUGCUAUUCUUAAAUUAAAAUAUGGCAGAGAUAUCAAAAAAAUUGAGUUCUAUAACCCUAUCAAAGGAACUAUUUUACAAAUCUAUCUUUAAAAUUGGACAUUUCAUAAGGAUAUUAUCAAUUUUAUAUUUUAAUUUUAAUCUAAACUAAAAGACUCCGAUUAAAAUAUAUCUUAAGAUAUUUAAACUUAAAAUUGCACAUAAUAGACAUUAUAAACAGUUCUUGUUGAUUAAGGAGAUAUUUCUUAAACCUUAGGAAAUUCUUUAAAAAUUUAAGAAAAAACUUUGAAAAGCUAAAAAGAUAAUUUAAAUAUUAAAGAAGAGAACUCAUCAGAAAUCUUAAGAAUAUCCCAAUAAUAUCAAAAUUAAUUAAUUAACUAACUAAAAUAAUAAUCUUCAUAAUCUAGUUUUGAAGAUAAAAUGAAUUUUGAUGCUCAUAUGACAAAAUAAAAUUAAAACUUACACAUUGAAAAUGCCAAAACCAGCAACAAAUAACAAAUUCUUAUAAACUCUAAAAAAAAUUAAAAGAGUUAUGAUUCUUAAUAAAUAGAUGAGAAAAAUAAUAAAUUUCUAAAUAAAUUAAUAUGA